AUGCAUAGCCUAGUCAUGAUCUGCUUUGUUUUAGGGUGUUUCUUAUGGUUCCCCCAAGUGAGAGGUGAGGAAGGGUGUCUCAAUGCAGAAUUCUGUUCAGGUACCGAGUGGGUCCGUCUGUGGUAUAUCUGGCUGGUGGUUGUGAUUGGUGGACUGCUUCUUCUGUGUGGCCUGGUUUCUGUCUGCAUGAGGUGCUGUUUUCAUUGCCAUCAAGGAGGGGACGAAUCAGGUCCUCAGCCCUACGAGGUCACCGUCAUUGCUUUUGAUCAUGACAGCACCCUCCAGAACACCAUUACCUCUCUCCAUUCGGUGUUUGGACCUGCUGCCAGGAGAAUACUAGCAGUGGCACACUCCCAUAGCACUGUGCAGGGAACAACACCCCUCUCGGCGUCAGACACCCCUCCAGUCUACGAGGAAGCUCUGCACAUGAGCAGGUUCACAGUUGCCAAGGCUGGGCAGAAAGUGACAGAUGUGGAUCCAGUGCCCAAAGCAAAACUGCAAACAUCUGCUGAGGUCAAGGAUGCCCAGCCAGUCUUCCCAGGAUGCUAAUGCUUGCUUUUACUGAAUGGCAGUAAAAUAGAGAAUGAUUUCAUUCAGAGACUAGUUCUUCUGGGCAGGGUUAGGAAUACCAGAUUAAACUCCUUAUUCUAAUGACAAAGGCAA